AUGCAGAGGUGGAGAAGAGACUAUAAUCCAUAUCUUGAGAAAUUGCCCGGCGAUGGAGGGAAUCUGGAGGUGAGCUACCUGGUAGAAUUGGAAAUAGCGAAGCGGGAAUAUUUUGGGACAAAUGGAAAGUGUCGUGACCGUGUGAGAUUCAUCAAGGAUAUAGCAACUGAAGCGACUGUGGUGCAUGCUAAGACAAGAGAACAAGCAGGGGCCACAGUUAGAGUUGAGAGACAAAUAGCAUGGAAACCUCCGAAAAGCGGCUGGUGGAAGAUGCAUACCGAUGGAGCAGCUAGAGGGAAUUCGGGCUUAGCCUCAGCAGGUGGAGUUCUACAGGAUGCCAGUGGAGGAUGGGUUUGUGGGUUCGCUCUCAAUAUCGGCAUAUGCUCAGCUCCACUAGCAGAUUUAUGGGGAGUGUACUACGGACUCUAUAUGGCUUGGGAGAUAUGA